CAAGACCGUUUUUUGUUGUAUUUGAAUUUUAAAAUUUAAAUUUUAUCUUGUUCUUGUUGGUUCUUUUAUUUUAUCCACAUUUGUUAAUGUUGUGAAGUGGUUGUGAAUUUGUGUAUAUUGAAUUGAAUUGAGUUCAGAAAUAAUUUCGUGCUAAACUGUUGGUUUAUUAUUGUACAUCUAUAAUACAAGUAAAAUAAUAUGACUUCCUCAAACUGUGAAAUAUUACCAGAAAACAAGACAGUCCAGGAAAGUAUCCUUCUGGAUAUUGUAAAGGAGAUUUGCAGCGAGCCAAAUAAGUUGUCCCAAAAGUUGAUUGGAAAAGUUAACAGAAUAAUCGCAGACUGUGAUUUAACUCAUCAUGCUAACUUCCAUAAAAUCGUCACUUCUGAUGAAAGCACUACCACUGUCUUGGGGUUCAUCCAGCAACAGGCAGCUGAACUGACAUUUGAUGAACAGGCUGAACUGAACCAGGCCAUAGUGGAGAAGAUUCAAGAAAAGUUACCAUUAUUCACUAAAGAAUUAGAUCAUUUGAAACAAAAUUCAGGUCACAAAAAAUCUAGGAAUGAAGAAAUCAAAGAACUACAGGAGAGUUUAGAUGAUAAAUUGGACACAUUGAGGCAACAAGAGAAUGAGAAGGUUGAGCUGAUGAUGGAGUGGCUCAACCACCGGCUGCAUGAGGUCUCCAGUUUCAGCACUCAGACUAAUGAACUGAUAACCAUGAAAACUAGAAUUUUGGAAUUAAAAUCCAAGAUACUCCACCUACGUAUUUUGUGCAACAUCUUCACGGAGACCAACCAGUCAAUUAAGGCCUACAGUGAAAUACACAAGGACAUCAAAGACAACCUUCGCGACACUGAACAGAGGAUUAAGAACUAUAAAGACAUCAUUGCUAGUGAUUUAUAAAGCAUCACUUUGCAAUAUUGCCUGUUUAUAAAAUGGAGUAGAUCUGGAUAUCCAGAUCUACUCCAUUUUAUAGAGGCUGGAAGUUUGACUGACUAUGCUUCUAUGUGCUUUGAUGAAUUUUAAAAACCCGCCUAUUUAUUUUCAUUAAUUGAAUUUAGAUAUAACUUUGAUUAUUAUAAACGAUAUUAUUGCUGA